AUGCCAACCACGACGUCGCCGUCGUCGCAAACGACGUCGACGGCGACGAAGGCGACAACGAAGGCGACAACGAGGGCGACAACAACGGCGACGACGGCAACGACGGCAACGACGGCAACGGCGGCAACGACGUCGACAUUGCCACGGACGACGGCGACGACGGCAACGACGUCGACAUUGCCACGGACGACGGCGACCACGUCGACAUUGCCACGGACGACGGUGACGACGUCGACAUCGCCAGGGACGACGGCGUCCACAUGGGGGCCUAGGCCCCGGUACCAAAACCAAAGAAGGCUGAAAGAGAUCAUUCGCCGAGAGGUGAUGAAGGAGCAGAGGAAAAAGAUGAGGCCGCCGCCGCCACCGGCGUAUCCGAUGCCGCCGCCGCCGCAACCGGCGUAUUCGAUGCCGGCGUACCUGCCGCCGACGCCGGCAUAUCCAACGCCGACGUACGCGGCACCGGCACCGGCAUAUCCAACGCCGACGUACGCGGCACCGGCACCGGCAUAUUCAACGCCGACGUACGCGGCACCGGCACCGGCGUACUCGACGACACCGUAUGUACAGCCGACGACACCGUACGUGCAGCCGACGACACCGUACGUGCAGCCGACGUACGCGCCGCCGACGUACGCGCCGCCAACGUGCGCGCCGCCGACGUACCCGCCGUCGACGUACCCGCCGUCGACGUACCCGCCACCGUUCUUCCAUUAG